GCGGCGGCGGCGGCGGUUCCUGGAGACGGAGACGGGGGGCGUGAGGGGUGGAAACGGCAGCGGCGGCGAGACGUGGAAGAGGAAGAGGAGGAAGAAGAGGAGGAGGAGCUGCAGCUCUGUCUUUUGCCUGGACUUUGAGGGCCCCCUCACACCUGCUUUUGCCGGACAGCGCGCCGCCCGGGGGCAGCGGGACGCUUUGCCCCACAACCUCCCGUCUCUUCUCCCGAAACAACCAGUUGAUGUUGGGAGUGACUGACAAUCUGGUGGAACCAUGACUGACAUAAAAAACUUUCUCUAUGCUUGGUGUGGAAAACGCAAGGUCACUCCGAACUAUGAUAUCCGUGCAGCUGGUAACAAGAACCGUCAGAAGUUCGUCUGUGAGGUGCGAGUAGAUGGGUUUAAUUACACUGGAAUGGGAAACUCGACCAGUAAGAAGGAUGCUCAAACUAAUGCUGCAAGAGAUUUUGUUAAUUACCUUGUGCGAACUGGGGAGAUGAAAGCAGAAGAGGUUCCUAACACAACUCAGGGUGUUCAACCUGAUGCCGUUGAUGGUGCCGAUGGAAGCGGAGAAGGUGGUGUGCCGGGGACAUUGCCAGCAAAUGUACCAUGUCCUCCACAGAUAGCUAGCGAAGCGGACUCUGACUUUGGAAUGGGCAAGGCAGGAGGAUUCAUUGGUUAUUGGGAACGUGGAGCCAACCUGAAGGAGUAUUAUGAGAGAAGGGAUGAACAGGAAGCCCAAGCAACCCUGGAAUCAGAAGGCCUGGAUUUAAAUGCUGGUCUUCACGGCAACUGGACCCUUGAAAACGCCAAAGCUCAACUUAACCAGUACUUCCAAAAAGAGAAGAUUCAAGCAGAUUAUAAAUACGCUCAAGUUGGACCUGACCACAACAGGAGUUUUAUUGCAGAGAUGACGCUUCAUGUGAGGCAGCUGGGAAGAAAAAUCAGUGCCCGUGAACACGGUUCAAAUAAGAAACUGGCUGCACAGUCAUGUGCUCUGUCAUUAGUCAGGCAGCUUUACCAUCUAGGGAUCAUUGAAGCUUUCACUGGUCACACAAAGAAGAAAGACACCGAAAAGGUGGCGCCAUAUGAUUUAAACCUUACAAGUGAAUUGGAGCGUCAGCUUGAAAGUACUGUGCACGAAUUGGGGUUGGAGCUUGUAUUAUCACCAGAAGACCCCAGCAAUCCAGUUUCACUUACUGUUGGAAAACUUGCUCAUUUUGAGCCGUCUCUUCGCCAGAGCCAAGCAGGGGUUGUGCCAUGGUCGCCUCCACAAGUGAACUGGAAUCCAUGGACCAGCAGCAACAUAGAUGAAGGACCUCUUGCAUACGCUACUUCGGAGCAAAUCAGCGCCGACCUAAAGAAUGAACUACAAUACCAGCUGCAGAAUGAUACCAACCUGCAACAAAUACUGAAUGAAAGAGAAUUGUUGCCGGUGAAAAAAUUUGAAGACGAUAUCCUCAAAGCUAUCAGCUUCAAUUCAGUUAUCAUCAUUCGAGGUCAAACUGGGUGUGGUAAAACAACUCAAGUUCCUCAAUUCAUCCUCGAUUACUUCGUCAAAAAUAACCGAGGUUCUGACUGUAACAUUGUAGUCACACAGCCUCGAAGGAUUAGUGCUGUUUCAGUUGCGGAGCGUGUAGGAUGUGAACGUGGAGAAGAGUUGGGUACUAGCUGUGGUUACAGUGUUCGUUUUGAAUCUGUGCUGCCGAGACCCCAUGGCAGCAUAAUGUUCUGUACUGUAGGUGUACUCCUGAGGAAAUUGGAAGCUGGCAUUCGGGGCAUCAGCCAUGUAAUAGUGGAUGAGAUCCAUGAGCGAGAUAUUAAUACGGAUUUCCUUCUUGUGGUUCUGAGGGAUGUUGUCCAGGCUUAUCCUGAUGUCCGUAUCAUUCUCAUGUCUGCAACUAUUGAUACCACCAUGUUCAGAGAAUAUUUUUUCGACUGUCCAAUAAUAGAGGUGUUUGGAAGAACAUUCCCUGUUCAAGAAUAUUUCCUUGAAGACUGCGUGCAGAUGACUCAGUUCAUCCCUCCGCCAAGGGACAAAAAGAAAAAGGACCGAGAUGAGGAUGGAGGAGAAGAUGAGGAGGUGAAUUGUAACAGCAUCUGCAGUGAUGACUAUGGUCCGGAAACGAAGCGUGUUAUGGCCCAGAUGAGUGAGAAGGAGACGCCAUUUGAGCUUAUUGAAGCAUUGCUCAAGUACAUUGAGACACUGGAUGGUGUGGAUGGUGCAGUUCUCGUUUUCUUGCCAGGCUGGAACUUGAUUUUCGCAAUGCAGAGACAUCUGGAAUCAAACCCUCACUUUGGCAGCCACAGGUAUCGGAUUUUGCCGUUGCAUUCCCAGAUUCCGAGGGAAGAACAGCGACGUGUGUUUGAUCCAGUGCCACCAGGCGUCAUAAAGGUUAUUUUGGCAACAAACAUUGCAGAAACCAGUAUCACCAUUAAUGAUGUGGUUUAUGUCAUUGAUUCAUGCAAGCAAAAAGUGAAGCUUUUCACAUCUCAUAACAACAUGACCAACUAUGCUACAGUGUGGGCUUCCAAGACCAAUCUGGAACAGCGACGAGGCAGAGCAGGACGUGUACGGCCUGGCUUCUGCUACCAUCUGUGCAGCAGGGCACGCUUUGAGAGACUUGAAACCCACAUGACUCCAGAGAUAUUCCGUACACCUCUUCAUGAAGUCGCUCUGAGCAUCAAGCUUCUUCGUCUAGGGGGAAUUGGACCAUUCUUGGCAAAAGCUAUUGAGCCCCCACCACUUGAUGCAGUUAUUGAGGCAGAACACACUCUGCGAGAACUUGAUGCCCUCGACAUCAAUGAUGAACUGACACCUCUGGGCCGAAUCUUGGCAAGGCUCCCAAUUGAACCACGUCUUGGCAAGAUGAUGAUAAUGGGUUGUAUAUUCCAUGUUGGGGAUGCUGUGUGCACCAUAUCUGCUGCCACCUGUUUUCCAGAGCCUUUUAUUAAUGAAGGUAAACGACUUGGUUACAUGCACCGGAACUUUGCAGGAACCCGUUUCUCAGAUCAUGUGGCUCUGCUUUCAGUUUUCCAGGCCUGGGACGAUGCAAGGAUGGGAGGUGAAGAGGCAGAAAUAAGGUUUUGUGAACAUAAAAGGCUUAACAUUGCCACCUUGAGAAUGACCUGGGAGGCUAAGGUACAACUAAAAGAUAUCCUGGUUAAUGCUGGUUUCCCUGAAGAGAGCCUGAUGACUCAAGUAUUUAACAACACUGGACCAGAUAAUAAUCUGGAUGUGGUGAUCUCACUCCUCUGCUUUGGUCUUUAUCCCAAUGUCUGCUAUCACAAGGAGAAGAGAAAAAUUUUAACUACAGAAGGGCGCAAUGCACUUAUCCAUAAAUCAUCUGUAAAUUGUCCCUUCAGUAGCCAAGAUAUGAAGUACCCUUCCCCUUUCUUUGUGUUUGGGGAGAAGAUUCGCACUCGGGCUGUGUCUGCAAAAGGGAUGACUUUGGUGAGUCCACUCCAGCUCCUAUUCUAUGGCUCAAAGAAGGUGAUGUCAGAUGGCACAAUCGUUUUGAUGGAUGAGUGGAUAAAGCUGCGGAUGUCUCACACUGCGGCUGCUGCAAUUGUUGCUUUACGUGCAGCCAUGGAGGCACUAGUAGUUGAAGUUGCAAAGGAUCCUGAAUUCAUACGGCAAAUGGAUCCCACACAUGAACGCAUGCUGAACAUGAUCCGUCAGAUUUCAAAGCCUGGAGCAGCAGGCAUCAACCUCCUGUCAAAUGCAAGAUUUGGUGAUGGUCCUCGUCCUCCCAAAAUGGCACGAUUUGACAGCCAAGGAUUUAGCGUAAGAGGUUCUGGUUAUAGGGGGGGGAGAGGAUAUGGAAGAGGUGGAGGAGGAUAUGGUGGCUCUAGAGGUUACUACAGUGGUGGCGGUGGCAGCUAUCAAAGUAGUGGUUAUGGUGGCUAUGGCAGAGGAGGAGGAGGUGGCUAUAGCAGAAGUGGUGGCUAUGCUAGCGGAGGGGCAGGGGGGUAUGCUAGCGGAGGGGCAGGGGGUUAUGCUAGCGGAGGGGCAGGGGGUUACAGUAGUGGAGGGACAGGUGGUUCCAGUAGUGGCGGAGGAGGAGGUGGCUACAGUAGUGGAGGGACAGAGGGUUAUGGCAGUGGAGGAGGAGCGGGGGGAUACAGUAGUGGAGGGGGAUACGGUAGCGGAGGAGGGGGCUACAGUAGUGGAGGAGGAUACGGUAGUACGGGAGGAGGAGGGGGUGGCUACAGUGGUGCAGGAGGGGGCUACAGUGGUGCAGGAGGAGGGAGCUACAGUAGUGCAGGAGGAAAAGGCUACAGUAGUGCAGCAGGGGGCUACACUAGUGCAGGAGCAGGGGGCUACAGUAGUGCAGGAGCAGGGGGCUACAGUAGUGCAGGAGCAGGGGGUUAUACUAGUGGAGGAGCAGGGGGUUACACUAGUGGAGGAGGAGCAGGGGGUUAUACUAGUGGAGGAGCAGGUAGCUAUGGAAGCAGUGGAGGAAGCUAUGGGGGAGACAGAAGUGGUUAUUAGAAAAGGGCAAAAGACCAAAAUUGCAUUGGUGCACAAUUUUUACGGAUUAAUACAGUAAUACAGCUUUGUAUUUAAUUAUUUUUUAGAAAAGAGCCAACACUGCAUACAUAUUUGCAAAUGUUGUAACCAGUUUGUUCGUUCUGUCCUAAUGUUUUUGAUUAAUGUGCACGUGAGUGUGCUGCUUGAAUGCUGAAGAUUAGGAAAUAUACUUGUAGCGUCUCUAAAUUUAGAAUACUGAAGCAAGUACAACUGUAAUUAAUCGUCUAGUUUCAAAUGUUUCCAUUUGAUUCUAGUUGUCUUUAACAAAAAGAAAUAAAGUACAACUACAGAACAAGAA